CCCAACCCCACAACAACACCAUGAAAUGCAGUGAUCCCAAAACCAUCGCCACAAUUUCUUCAAUGAAUUCAUCAUCAUCUUCAUUUUCUAGUACUGUUGCCACUGCAACAAGCAGCAUAUUAUCAACUCCUCCAGUGAUUCUUUCUCCCUGUGCUGCCUGUAAAAUCUUGCGCAGGAGAUGUGUUGAGAAAUGUGUGUUGGCACCUUAUUUUCCUCCCACUGAACCCCUUAAGUUCACCAUUGCUCAUAGAGUCUUUGGUGCUAGCAACAUCAUCAAAAUGUUGCAGGAGCUUCCAGAGGAACAAAGAGCGGAUGCAGUGAAUAGUAUGGUGUACGAGGCAAAUGCAAGAAUAAGAGAUCCAGUUUAUGGGUGUGCUGGUGCAAUUUGCCAAUUGCAAAAGCAAAUAAGUGAGCUUCAAGCAGAAUUUGCAAAGGCACACGCAGAAAUCAUGAAUUUAAAGUGCCAAAAUUCUAAUUUGCUGGCCUUGGUUUGCAUGGAAGUAUCAGAAAAUAGCAGCAGCAGCAGCUUAUUGUCUUCAGAUCAUAUUAAUGAUUAUGGAAAUAAUACCAGCAUGUUUUUGGAAGAUAACAGUGUAUAUGCAGCUUGGGAACCACUUUGGACAUGAUUAAAAUAAUGUUGGGUGAAAAUUUCUACUAUUAAAUUAAUUAGACAUUAAUUUAGAAUUAUCCCCCAGGAAAAGGGGGUAUAAAAAGUUAGUGACAUAUACUUUAAAUUUAAUAAAAAUAUGUAAUAUCAAGGAAUUGCACUUUGACGAAAUCAGAUGUAACUCAUGAGACCUAUUUUAGUUUUUAUUUGAAGAUGAAAAUGAUAAAAGGAUGCUUUACUAAAUUUCUAAAUGAAUAUAUUUCUUCUUGUUGUAA